ACUACUAUUACAGACUAUAAGUAUCGCGUUUGGACAUUCCUCGGAUCGACAGCCGUAAAAUGCUGCAUCGGAUGAAUCCUGAUUUUUUAGACGCCGAGUCUGAAAGCUCAAGAAAAACGUGUCUGGAGUCAUGCAUUGUACGUCCAAGAAUAUCACGAAAAGGAGAUGGCAACGAUUAUAUUAUGAGCCCACAUUGGAACGAUUGCCCUACGUACGAAGAUGCGUACAAGAAGUCAUUGGAGUCUCCGGAAGAAUUUUGGGGCGAGAUUGCCGGCUGUCUCGACUGGAGCAAACCAUGGCAUAAGGUCUUGGAUAAUUCCAACGAGCCAUUCACGAAAUGGUUUGUCGGCGGUGAACUGAACGCUUGUUACAACGCGGUAGAUCGUCACGUACAUGCCGGAUAUGGGGAAAAAACAGCCCUUAUCCACGAUAGUCCUCAAACAUCGUCAAUACGCAAAGUGACGUACAACGAGCUCUUGGAAAAGACGUCCGUGCUGGCGGGCGCGUUGGCGGAUCUAGGAGUACGCAAAGGGGACAGGGUGAUUAUAUACAUGCCGUUGAUCCCCGAGACUAUAAUCGCAAUUCUUGCCACUGCCAGACUCGGAGCAAUUCACUCGGUGGUCUUUGGAGGCUUCGCAGCAAACGAAUUGGCAUUUAGAAUAGAUCAUGCCAGGCCGAAAGUCGUUAUCGCUGCAAGUUGCGGCCUCGAACCGUCCAAAGUGAUUAAGUAUACAACUAUGCUAAAUGGCGCCAUGGAUUUGAUCGUUGUACCGAAGCCGAAGUGCAUCGUAUUUCAAAGAAGAAAUGUGUGGGAGGCUCCGUUACUUGAGUCACAGAUCGACUGGGAUGAUAUCAUGAAGCGAUCAAAACCUCAUCCGUGUGUAAUGGUCGAAGCUAACGAUCCACUGUAUAUAUUGUAUACAUCAGGAACUACAGGACAACCAAAGGGGAUUUUAAGGCCGAUCGGCAGUCAUUUGGUGUCACUCUGCUGGUCCAUACAAGUAGUUUAUGGAAUAAACAAAAACUCUGUUUGGUGGGUGGCCUCCGACAUGGGAUGGGUUGUCGGGCAUUCCUACAUUUGCUAUGGUCCUCUCGUUAAAGGCGCGACGAGCGUCAUGUACGAAGGAAAACCCGACAGAACACCGGAUGCUGGUCAAUAUUUCAGACUCAUUGAGCAACAUAACGUAAACGCAAUAUUCUGCGUGCCUACUGCUCUACGAGUUAUAAGACGAGCGGAUCCGGAAACGCUUUUGGGAAAAAAGUAUUCGUUAAAUUCCUUAAAAACAAUAUUCGUGGCCGGCGAGUUUUGCGAUUACGAAACGAAAGCCUGGGCAGAAAAAACGUUCAAAGUACCCAUCUUGAAUCACUGGUGGCAAUCGGAGACCGGACACCCUAUCACGGCGCUGUGCUUAGGAUACGGUCAUUACGCUAAUUUGCCCAAAUUCAGUACGGGACUUCCUAUACCCGGAUAUGAAAUACAUAUCUUGCGCGAAGACGGGAGUAAAGCGCCGCAACACGAACCCGGACGUAUCGCGAUAAAGUUACCGCUGCCACCUGGAUUCAUGUUGACUCUUUAUCAGGCAUCCGAUAGGUUCAAGCAAGUAUACUUCUCGAAAUUUCCGGGUUACUACGACACGAUGGACGUGGGGUACAUCGACGAGUUCGGCUAUGUUUAUGUCACAGCGAGGGACGACGAUAUUAUAAAUGUAGCAGGCCAUAGAAUAUCUACGUCUGCGUUAGAGGAUAUUAUUUUAGCUCAUGCCGACGUGGUGGAUGCUGCAGUUGUCGGUGUACCCGAUCAUACGAAGGGGGAAGUACCGCUGUGCCUCUACGUUAGACGAGAAGACGCGAUAAGCAACGAGGAAGAGAUAAAUCAAGAAUUAGUUCGACGGGUGAGGAAGAUGUUGGGACCGAUCGCGUCUUUUCGCACCGCCGCCGCCAUUACAGCGCUACCCAGAACGCGAUCGGGGAAAAUAAUCCGGAAAGCGAUCGCUACGUUGGCGCGAUCGAAGCAAGUCAAGCUUCCAAGCACGAUCGAGGAUCCAACAGUAUUCCGCGAGAUCAAGGAGGUGCUCCAGAAGCUUGGCUACGCGAAACUAGCCCCGGAUCCGCAAUGAUCGCCUUUCGAGUCAACGAGUCCUUCGCGCGCGAAAAAUAUGAGAGAAAAUGGAAAAAAAAGUAGACAAAAUUUCCCGGAAAACAAUGACAUCACAAUUCAAACGCGGCACUUCGACGAUCUGUCUCUCUCCGAUUGCAGGGUGUCCAACAUUGCCGUGAUCGAAACUGGACAAGCGUGAACGUGGGAGAGCGCGCGAGCGCGAGAGAGAGAAUCGAUAAAUAUGGUUUUUUUCACUUGCAUUUCUUAGCGCAUUUUCCGCACUUGCAACAAAAUUGACGUAUAUAAAAAAUUCGCGUAUGUACGCGGACAAUAAAACAGAACACAUGUUUGUUGAGAGGAAAAAAUGCAAUGUAAUAAAAAAAAAAAGGAUAAGAUCAUCACACACCUUGAAGUUGUUCGUACUCGAUAUCGAUCAAUGAUCGCUCCAGUAGUUAAGGAAGCGGGAAUGUACAAAAAUCAUCGAACAAUUUGAACAAGUAAAACUUUCAUUUUUGCGCCAAAUGCGAGGAGUCUGUAUCCAAUGUAUUCGCAAAUAUCCCAUAAUAUAUAUAUAUGUAGAAAAUAUUCUCUUAAAAAAAGAGAGAAAAAUUAUAGAAGUACAUUAAAUUAGUGCAUCUUUCUUGAAUCUAUUCGUUACCGAACAAUUUUAAUGAGGAGUUUAGAAAGAGGUAGAACACAAGUGAAAAUUAUUCUAAAAAAUAUUCCAGACGAGAUAAACACGCGCAGGGCGUGGGACGCAUUUGUGCGCCUUGAAUAUUUGCAAAUUCCAUUAAUUGAUCUAUUUCAAUUGUUCAUAGUUUGAAAAAAAAAAAAAUAUAUAUAUAUAUAUAGGAGAUCCAUCAUAUUGUAGAGAUGUACAGUGACGUACAUCCACGUCCCUAUUAAAAUUAUCAGGGCACACUUUUUUGCAAAUUUGUUUUUAAUGACAAUAUAAUAAG